GGGGUUCCGGUGUUCUUUAUAUAAUUUCGGGGUCGCCUGAUAAGACUUUCUUCAUCGCCACGUAGAAAUAACGGCGGUCACACAAUGAAGGGGCUGUGGACAGCGCUGAUCUGCCUACACUCGGCGUUUUUAUCAGGUGUCCUCGGAGACUACACAGACCCUCGCUGCCAGGGGAAACAAGUGAUUGUCCAUCUGUUUGAAUGGAAAUGGACCGAUAUUGCCAACGAGUGUGAGAGAUUCCUCGGAAAGAAAGGAUUCUGUGGCGUGCAGGUGUCGCCUCCAAAUGAGCAUGUCAUGGUCGCAAAUCGUCCGUGGUGGGAGAGAUACCAACCGGUCAGCUACAAACUUCACAGCCGGGGAGGGACGGAGGCCGAGUUCAGGGACAUGGUCACCAGGUGUAAAAAUGUAGGAGUCAGAGUGUACGUAGACUCUGUGAUAAAUCACAUGGCAGGACUGGGAAGGUCAGGAAAAGGUUCGGGAGGAACCGCCUUCAACUCCGACAAUUACGAUUUCCCUGGGGUACCGUUUAGACGGGAACAUUUCAAUUCCCGGGACAAGUGUCCAUCUCACGACGGAAACGUCAAUAAUUACGGAGAUCCUAACAAUGUCCGAAACUGUUUUCUUGUGGGACUCACAGACCUGGAUCAAAGUCAGGAAUACGUCCGAAAUAAAAUAGCCGAAUACUUUAAUUACUGCAUAGACAUUGGAGUGGCGGGUUUCAGACUCGACGCGUCAAAGCACAUGUGGCCUGGUGAUCUCAAGGCCAUUGAAGACAGCGUCAAGGAUCUUCCAGAAGGAGGCAGACCUUUCUUUUAUCACGAAGUCAUCGAUCAAAACGACGGAGCCGUCAAGGUUAACGAAUACACAGCAUUAGGUCGCGUGACUGAAUUCAGGUAUUGUCAAAAAAUUGCGGAGGGAAUACGGAAUUUUGGAAUGCUACAUGGAGUGUAUGAUCCUGGUUGGGGAAUGACUGACAGUGCGCACGCAUUUGUCUUCGUCGAUAACCAUGACAACCAAAGAGGACAUGGCGGCGGCGGGAAUCUCAUCACACACAAAACACCACGUGAUUACAAAAUGGCGGUGGCGUUUACACUGGCAUACAAUUAUGGAUUUACACGCGUCAUGAGCAGUUAUUAUUUCCACAGCACUGACGAAGGACCGCCACAUAACUCCGACUAUUCAGCGAAGGAUGUCACCAUUAAUGCCGAUGGGUCAUGUGGCAAUGGAUGGGUGUGUGAACAUCGAUGGAACCCAAUAGCAAACAUGGUGGCUUUCAGAAACGCCGUGGCAGGAACAGAUGUCAAUCACUGGAAGAAUGAGAAUGAAGAGGUUUCAUUUGCUCGAGGUCAGAAAGGUUUCUUUGCUAUGGCAAAAAGUGGACACAUGGACCGUACUUUGCAGACCGGACUUCCUGCUGGUGAAUACUGCGAACUAGUUUCAGAUUGCAAGAAAAAAAUCACAGUGGAUGGAAGUGGUAACGCCCACGUUGUGAUCGACAACAGCGCAGAACCAAUCAUUGCCUUCAUUGUUGGAGGUCCAAGUGGGCCUGUAAUAUCCCACGGAAGUGGAGUAAUCGAGACAGGUGGCCAUCAUGUGACGUCAGCACCAGUUACUUCUGGACCAACUGUUGGUCCCGCUCCCGAAGGAUGGGCACGAACUGUCAUUAUGAUCGAGAGACAAACGAGUCCUGGACAGGAUCUAUUUAUUCGUGGAGGAAUCGACCAUAAUCAUAGACAAGGAUGUACAAAUGACGCUUCGACCAGUGCAUGCGCAAUUGCAAUCAAAAGUCAUUUGGGAAGUGGUUCACACUACGCCCCCUACAAUGCGUGGAGCACAGGCGACCACCAUCUUGAUUGGUAUGGAAUGGAGGCUGGUCAGCACAGUUACCAUGGCAAAUCUCCAUCCGGGACUCCAGCUGUCUGGACAACAAACGUCCAGGGAACCGCGGAGUAUAAUUCCCUCAACACGUAUGGCCAGCAUUACUGGCUGGUUGACGUACAGAUGGACUGUUCCCAGACAGAAGGUGGGUGGUUUGAAUUUAAAGCCGUUGUGAAUGACCAAUGGGAGGCAAACAUACAUGGACAAACAUGCGGAACCCCUCCGUACUCAUCCUCGAAUCACUGGGCUAAGUGUGGAUAUAAAAAUGUCUUCCAUUUUAACAGCGGCCAGUGUGAAAUCCAUGAUCUCAGCUAGAGCCGCCAUGAGGAAUGUUUCAGUGUUUUACGUUUGAGAUUAAUACUGCUACAUAUGUACUCAUUAAAACGGUUUUCUGUGGA